AUGGCAUUUGGAGAUAAAAAUUUAGAACCAACUGAAAUUUAUUUACAAAAUGAUAAAAUAGAUAUUGAAAAUCUACCAAAAUUUACAAUAACUGAACUCCUGAAAUAUAAUGGUAAAGAUAAACCACAAUAUUAUGUUGCAAUCAAGAGAUUAAUUUAUGAUGUUACAUCAAAUUCAGAUAGUUAUAAACCAGGAAAAGGUUAUAAUGUAUUUGUUGGAAAAGAUUCAAGUAGAUUAUUAGGUACAAGUUCAUUAAAAUUAAAACCAAAUGAAGAAGGUAAAACUCCUGAGAGUUGGGAUUAUAGUGAUUUUGGUGAUAAAGAAUUAAAAGUUUUAAAUGAUUGGGUUAAAUUUUUUAAAAUGAGAUAUCCUAUUGUGGGUGUUGUUGCUAUUGAAGAAGAUGAUGAUGGGAAAAUUGAUACCAAGGAUUGA